AUGAGUUUAAACUUCUCUGCAGGCCUUGACAGUGGGCUGUCUGAGCAGCACUCGUCUAGGCGCGUGCUCACAGGCUGUUUCCUCUCUUUGCUCAUCCUCUCCACUCUUCUGGGGAACACAUUAGUUUGUGCCGCUGUUAUCAAGUUCCGCCACCUUCGUUCCAAAGUCACCAACGUCUUUGUAAUCUCUCUGGCAGUGUCAGACUUACUGGUGGCCAUCUUGGUAAUGCCGUGGAAGGCUGUGACAGAGACUGCUGGCUUCUGGCCAUUCGGCUCCUUCUGUAGUGUCUGGGUGGCAUUUGAUAUCAUGUGCUCCACGGCGUCCAUCUUGAACCUGUGCGUCAUCAGCGUAGACAGGUACUGGGCCAUAGCCAGCCCAUUCCGCUACGAGAGGAAGAUGACACCCAAAGUUGCGUUUGUGAUGAUCAGUGUGGCAUGGAUCCUCUCUCUCCUCAUCUCUUUCAUCCCUGUACAGCUGAAUUGGCACAAGGCACAGACCACCAACUACUCUGACCAUAAUGGGACCUCCUAUGGAGACCUUCUGCCUGACAACUGUGACUCCAGUCUGAACAGGACUUACGCCAUCUCAUCGUCUCUCAUCAGCUUCUACAUACCCGUGGCCAUUAUGAUCGUCACGUACACUCGCAUCUACAGAAUAGCCCAGAACCAGAUCAGACGCAUCUCAGCCCUGGAAAGAGCAGCAGAGAGUGCCAAGAACCGGCACAACAGCAUGGGGAACAGUUCAAAUAUGGAAGGAGAGAGUUCCUUCAAGAUGUCUUUCAAACGAGAAACCAAAGUGUUAAAGACCCUGUCUGUAAUAAUGGGUGUGUUUGUGUGCUGCUGGCUGCCCUUCUUCAUCCUGAACUGCAUGGUGCCUUUCUGUGAGCAGACAUGGGCUGAUGGGCACACCACCCUUCCCUGCGUCAGCUCCACCACCUUCAAUGUGUUUGUGUGGUUUGGCUGGGCAAACUCCUCGCUCAACCCCAUCAUAUAUGCCUUCAAUGCUGACUUUCGCAGAGCCUUUUCCACGCUGUUGGGCUGCCACAGACUUUGUCCAGCCAGCAGCAGCGUAGAGAUAGUCAGCAUCAACGACAGUGGAGCCCCACCGCAGCUGCUGCGCAAUCAGCCCAGAGCGGGCAUCUCCAGCCUCAGGCAUGCCCUGCCUCACUCCGUGCUCUGCCAGGAGGGGGCGCUGCAGAGCGAGGAGAAUGGUGAUGGGGCUGCUGUGUCUGGCUCCCUGGAUAGCGAAGCUGACCUGCCUUUGGAAAAGAUAAAUCCCACUGCACAAAAUGGGUAG